GCAGUUGGGCAGCGGCGAGGCGAGGCCGGGCGGACCGGACUGGACUGGAGGAGCGGGCGGGCGGGCAGUGAGUAGACAGACCCCGCCGCCGCCACCGCUCCACCAUGGUGAUGCUGAGGAGCGGCGCGACCAUCUGCCUUGACUCCAGCUCCGAGUUCAUGGCCCUGCCCGACACUAACAGCCAGCAUCUCGCCAAGCGAGAGCACAGCUCUUCGAGAUACCUAUUCAGGAAAGUGAAGGAAAGCAGCAAUGGUGAUCUGCUUCCUGCUUUGAAGAGGAAGAUUCAGUUGCACUUAACUGACACUUCCUUGGAUUCAAGUUACAAUGAGAAGAGCAUGGAAGAAUCAUGUGACCAUGGGGUAGAAGUACAGCCAUUUACCAGGCAAUCAGUAAGACUAAAAACAAAAAGGAGCGAUAAAGUCAAGUGUAACAGGUCUGAAAUGGAAGUAGAUGGUGUGCAAGAGGAAGGGGGCACUGAUACGGAAGUGCGACGCAGUUGUCGGCUCCGAAGAAAUCGCUACAAAAACCAAUCUGUGCUCUUUGAUAAACUGAUCACAAACACUGCUGAAGCAGUUUUGCAGAAAAUGGAUGACAUGAAGAAGCUGCGACGUCAAAGAAUGAGAAAAUUGGAGAAUUUGCGAGUACUCAAUGAUACAGAAGAAGUGGAAAAUCUAGACGUGUUUUCGUGUGUGAAAAAGAAAAGAACAACGCAAACAAUAGAUGAAGAAACUACUGAGGAUCAUGAAGAUGCGAGCGGUGAUUUAACUGAAGAGGAAGCUGAAGAUAGAGAAGAUGAGGAUGGUGAGGAGGACACUACCAAGCGUUACUAUUUGCGCCAAAGGAAAGCUGUUGUGAAAUGCCAAACUCCAGAACCUGAAAGAAAACGAACUAUCUUUUAUCAUGGCCCAUCUUCACCUGUAGGGUAUCGAUUUGGUGCUUCAGGCUCUCGUAGUCCUUACUGCAAAAGAAAAAUAAUCAGACGAAGACAUGCAAUACAUAGUAGUGAUUCAACCUCCUCUUCAUCUUCUGAUGAGGAAGAGGGGCACUUUGAGAGACGAAGAAACAAUACGAGGAACAGAGCACCUUUGAGAUGUCUCCCACUGAACAUUAGGAAAGAUGACAUGAAAGGAAUUCACAAAGAUCGGAUGAAAAUAGGUGCUAGCCUGGCAGAUGUGGAUCCAAUGCAAAUUGACACUUCUGUUCGUUUCAAUAGUGUGGGUGGACUUACAAACCAUAUUGCUGCACUGAAGGAGAUGGUGGUUUUUCCAUUACUUUAUCCUGAAGUCUUUGAGAGGUUUAAGAUUCAGCCUCCAAGAGGCUGCUUAUUCUAUGGUCCUCCUGGGACUGGGAAAACCCUUGUUGCCAGAGCCUUGGCUAAUGAGUGCAGUCAAGGAGAUCAACGAGUGUCCUUCUUCAUGCGAAAAGGUGCAGACUGCCUCAGUAAAUGGGUUGGGGAAUCUGAACGACAACUUCGGUUACUUUUUGAUCAGGCUUAUCUUAUGCGUCCUUCAAUUAUUUUCUUUGAUGAAGUGGAUGGCUUGGCUCCUGUUCGUUCUAGCAGACAGGAUCAGAUACAUAGUUCCAUAGUUUCUACUUUGCUGGCUUUGAUGGAUGGACUGGACAGUAGAGGAGAGAUUGUAGUGAUAGGGGCCACAAACAGAAUGGACUCAAUUGAUCCUGCUUUAAGAAGACCUGGACGAUUUGAUAGAGAAUUUCUUUUUGGUCUCCCAGACAGAGAUGCCCGUAAAGAGAUACUGAAAAUUCAUACCAGGGACUGGAAUCCAAAACCAUCAGAUGCAUUUCUCCAGGAACUGGCAGAGAAGUGUGUGGGCUAUUGUGGUGCUGAUAUUAAAUCCGUCUGUGCUGAAGCUGCCCUGUGUGCCUUGCGUCGCCGGUACCCCCAGAUUUAUGUUACCACUGAGAAAUUGCUGCUGGAUGUAUCUUCUAUAAACAUCAUGGCACGAGAUUUUGUGAAAGCCAUGCAAAAGAUCACACCUGCUUCUCAGCGAACAGUGACCUCUCCUGCACAGGCACUGUCGUUUGUUGUCAGGCCGCUCCUGGAGAACACCUUCAAGAGAAUUCUAAAUGUAUUGGAAAAGAUUUUCCCACAUGCAGGACAAGACUUGAAAAAGAAUGAAGAGAUCGAUGGUUUAAGCCACAUACUUAAUGAUGGUGUCUACAGUGAUGACGAAAGUCCAUCUGCUUUUGAAAAUGAACUACAUCAAAAAACAGCCAGUAAGCAGACACAUGGUGGAUCUUUCCUCAGUUACAGCCGGUGUGCCUAUCACCAGCCAACAUCUUACAGACCAAGGCUACUGCUGACCGGGGUACGGGGUUCAGGUCAGAGUUCUCAUCUUGCCCCUGCAUUGCUUCAUGAUAUGGAGAAAUAUGCAGUACAUACACUAGAUCUUGCAGUGUUAUAUGGUGUUAGUACCACAUCACCCGAAGAAACCUGUGCAAUGUUGUUCCGAGAAGCUCGAAGGACAGCACCAAGUAUACUGUACAUUCCUCACAUCGAUCAAUGGUGGGAAUCGGUUGGAGAAACCUUAAGAGCAACUUUCAUUUCAUUACUUCAAGAUAUUCCCUCAUUUACCCCAAUCUUGCUGCUUGCAACAUGUGAUGUUCUACAAAAUGAACUGGCAGAAGAGGUAAAAGAACUGUUUGCCCACCUUUCUGGAGAGGUUUUCAAUGUUCCACUUCCUAACUCUGAAGAAAGAAAGAGUUUUUUUGAAGACCUAAUACUGAAACAGGCUGCAAAGCCCCCUUCAUCCAAAAGGAAAGCUAUCCUUCAGGCUUUGGAAGUCCUUCCAAUUGCACCACCACCAGAACCCCAGCGUCUCUCUGAGAUGGAGCUGAAGCAGAUAGAAGAGGAGGAGGAAGGCACUUUACGGGAGCUCAGGCUCUUCCUUCGAGAAGUCACGCACAGACUGUCAAACGACAAACGUUUUAGAGCAUUCACCAAGCCCGUCGAUGUAGAGGAGGUUUCAGACUAUUGCACAGUUAUAAAACAGCCAAUGGAUCUCUCGACCAUAAUGUCAAACAUUGAUCUGCAUAAAUACAUGACUGUAAAAGACUAUCUGCAUGACGUAGAGUUGAUCUGCAAUAAUGCACUGGAGUAUAAUCCGGAUAGAGAUCCUGCUGAUCGUAUGAUCAGACACCGAGCCUGUUCUUUGAAAGACACUGCCUAUGCAAUUAUGAAAUCCGAACUUGAUGAAGAAUUUGAAAAACUCUGUGAAGAAACUCAAGAAUCCCGAAGAAACAGAGGUUGUUACUCUUCCAAAUAUGCACCCACAUUUUAUCACGUGCUACCAAAGAAUUUUACCACAGAGAAUAAAAAGUUAGAUCCAGAGUAUUCCUCUCAAAGAAUUGCGUUAUCCUCACCGGUAUCUUCAAGUACACCUUCAACUUCAUCUCAUUCAAAAAGGAGAUAUCGAAGUAGUAGGUGGUAUCGUGGCAUAUAUAAAUAUAAACGCAAGAGAUCUACACAAAACAGUAUUUCUGAGGACGCUGACGGUGAAGAUGUAAUUGAGGGUACAGAAAAUCACCAUGAUUCAAGACUAGAUGAGACGCACUGCAACAAAGAUGUCUUCCUGGAAACUCAAAAGCAACGUCUCCAUAAUGGGUAUAGCCAUGUAAAAUUAACUGAGGAGAUCACUGAUGAGCUGCCUGACGCACUUAUAUCUGCCGGUGAAAGUUUAUGCAAGAAGAAAAAGCUUUGUACCAAUGAAACAAAAUGGGAAGAAAAUGAACUGGGUAAUGGGGAUUGUCAUAAAAAACAGCAACUUGUAACAAGUGAGCACAGGGAAAAGAAGGGAGACAAACCAUAUCAUUCCCCAGAUGAUUGCUCUAUUUCACAUAUGACACGGAGCAAGCGAGUCCAGGUCGAACAACAGCAACACAUUAAUGUUGAGAAGGCAAUGAUGGUCCUUUCUGAUCAUACUACUCCCGUAAUAGUAGAUCAUGUAAGGCUAAUGAAUCUCUGGAAAUGGAUUACUCUGAAAAGUGAAGGAUUCACUGUAACUCAUCUUGAAAAGUUGUAUGCAGUACUCAGUCAAUGCAUCUAUUGCCAUCGUAAAGAGUUUGAUAAGACAGUGUUAAUAAAUGAAAUGGAAAAUGAAGUGAGGAAGAUAAGUCAGUCUUGAUCACUCUGAAUAUGAAUGUAUUUUGAAUAGAGUUUCUAGUCCCUGUUUUGGACAGGUUCCAGUUUUUUUAAUAUAAUGUUAAUGGUUAUAACAAUUUAAAGCUAUUCACAUUUAUUUACCAAAGCAAGUUAUAUCUUGAAUGUAAAUAUAUUCCAGCAAAAAUGAAGUGUUAUGUUGAACUGAAGCUUUUGCUAUGUUUAUAAUUGCUAUAUUUUGUAAUUUGAGUAAAAUAAAUUUUGAUUAAAGAA